AAUUCCCCGUCCUUUCUCUCUACGCCAGCCCUUCAAGAUGCCGAAGGGAAAGAAGGCCAAGGGGAAGAAGGUAGCCCCGGCCCCGGCCGUGGUGAAGAAGCAGGAGGCCAAGAAGGUGGUCAACCCCCUGUUCGAGAAGAGGCCCAAGAAUUUUGGUAUUGGACAGGACAUCCAACCCAAGAGGGACCUCACCCGCUUUGUCAAAUGGCCCCGCUACAUCCGGCUGCAGCGGCAAAGGGCUAUUCUCUAUAAGCGGCUGAAGGUGCCUCCUGCAAUUAACCAAUUCACCCAGGCCUUGGACCGACAAACAGCUACUCAACUGCUUAAGCUGGCCCACAAGUACAGACCAGAGACAAAGCAGGAGAAGAAGCAGAGGCUGCUGGCCCGCGCUGAGAAGAAAGCCGCCGGCAAAGGCGACGUCCCCACCAAGAGGCCACCUGUCCUUAGAGCAGGGGUCAACACUGUCACCACCCUGGUGGAGAACAAGAAGGCUCAGCUGGUGGUGAUCGCUCACGAUGUGGAUCCCAUCGAGAUAACUCUAGAGCUAACGCUGUCUUCCAGCUCGUGGUCUUCCUGCCUGCCCUGUGCCGCAAGAUGGGGGUUCCCUACUGCAUCAUCAAGGGCAAGGCCCGGCUGGGGCGCCUGGUCCACAGGAAGACAUGCACCACCGUGGCCUUCACACAAGUCAACUCGGAGGACAAGAGUGCUCUGGCUAAGCUGGUGGAAGCCAUCAGAACCAAUUACAACGACAGAUACGAUGAGAUCCGUCGUCACUGGGGAGGCAAUGUCCUGGGGCCGAAGUCAGUGGCUCGCAUCGCCAAGCUGGAAAAGGCUAAGGCCAAAGAACUGGCCACCAAGCUGGGCUGAGUGUACACUAUUGAGUUUUCUGUACUGUACAUAAAAGUAAUAAAAAGGCUGCUUCAGCUGGUAUCAAGCA